AUGCGGCCCCUCCGCGCUCCCCUCGCCCUGCUCUGCCAGGUGCUGGGUGCGUGGGCUGCCUGCGCCCUGGCCCCGGACCCCGUAGCAGCGUCUGGGCCGCCGGCGCCCCCGCAGCGCGCUCGCUCGCCGCCGGCCCCUCCGCCCCUCGCCCCGGGCCGGCGGACGGCCGCGCCGCUCCCCGGGCGCAGAGCCCUCCCUCGCGGGGCCGACGCCGCACCCGGCGGAGCGGCGGGGCCGGGCGGCAACUGCGCGCCCCGCGGGGCGGCGGGGACCGGGCGGCGGCGGGCGCGGAGCAGCGAGUCCGGAGCCGGCGCAGCGGCGGGGAGGGGCGGGGCGGGCGGCCCCCGCUGGCUGCCCCUGAACGGCUCGGCCGGCGGCGACGGCAGCGCCGGGGGCCGCGGGAACGCCACGGGGCGCCGCGCCCGGCUCCGCAACCCCUUCUACCCAUUGACCGAGGAGUCGUACGGCGCCUACGCCGUCAUGUGCCUCUCCGUGGUGAUCUUCGGCAUCGGUAUCAUGGGCAACAUGGCAGUGAUGUGCAUCGUCUGCCACAACUACUACAUGCGGAGCAUCUCCAACUCCCUGCUGGCCAACCUGGCCUUCUGGGACUUCCUCAUCGUCUUCUUCUGCCUGCCGCUGGUUAUCUUCCAGGAGCUCACCAAGAAGUGGCUUCUAGAAGACUUCUCCUGCAAAAUCGUCCCGUACAUCGAGGUGGCCUCUCUGGGAGUCACCACGUUCACGCUGUGUGCUCUGUGCAUCGACCGGUUCCGUGCCGCCACCAACGUGCAGAUGUAUUACGAGAUGAUCGAGAACUGCACCUCCACGACGGCCAAGCUGGCGGUCAUCUGGGUGGGCGCCCUGCUGCUGGCCCUGCCCGAGGUGGUGCUGCGCCAGCUGGCCAGGGACGACCCCGACUACAGCGGCAGCCCCCCUGGCGAGCGCUGCGUGGUGAAGAUCUCCACGGCACUGCCCGACACCAUCUACGUGCUGGCUCUCACCUACGAUGGGGCACGGCUCUGGUGGUACUUCGGCUGCUAUUUCUGUUUGCCCACCCUCUUCACUAUUACCUGCUCCCUGGUGACAGCCAGGAAGAUCAGGAGGGCAGAAAAAGCCUGCACAAGGGGGAACAAGCGACAAAUUCAGCUGGAAAGUCAGAUGAAUUGCACGGUGGUGGCUUUGACAAUUUUAUAUGGAUUUUGCAUUAUUCCCGAAAACAUUUGCAACAUUGUGACUGCCUACAUGUCCACAGGGGUCUCUCGACAGACUAUGGACCUCCUCCAUCUCAUUAGUCAGUUCCUUUUGUUCUUUAAGUCCUGUGUUACCCCAGUUCUCCUGUUCUGUCUCUGUAAACCUUUCAGCCGGGCCUUUAUGGAGUGUUGUUGUUGCUGCUGUGAUGAAUGUAUCCAGAAGUCUUCCACAGUGACGAGUGAUGACAAUGACAACGAGUACACCACAGAGCUGGAGCUCUCCCCGUUCAGUACCAUCCGUCGUGAAAUGUCCACUUUUGCUUCCGUGGGGACUCACUGUUAAUUGUCCUUAGGACAUAAUUUCCUGUUAACUUUUUCCUUUUUCUUUUUUUUUUUGCUUCAUAUUUUUCUUCUUGUAGCAAAAUGCUUGAAAGCAGAUCACUGAUAAAAAAACCUACUCUUGAAACCAAUCUGUAUUAACAGUCA